AUGGAACCAGAAUAUGUGUAUAAAAUACUAGUUCAAUCAUUACCUGAUCCUUUACCAAGGAUCAUCCCAUAUCUAAAUGAUCUAGACGCGCACGACGGUUAUGUUCAUUUAUCAACAGCUCAGCAAGUGCCCUCUACCACCUCACGCUUCUUCAAAGACUAUAAUAUGGUUUACAUCUUAAAAAUAUCAUAUCCAGCAAUCAAAACUCAAGUGAAAUGGGAGAAUACUGGAAAUCAUGGAAGUUUUCCACAUAUUUACGGCGAUUUUGUGGCGGACUCUAUUGUAGAUCAAAAAUCAUUUACAAAUAAUGGUAAGGAUUGGCAACAUGUUUUAGAAAAUGAAAAAUGGAUAGAAUAA